AUGGCAUCUAAUGAAUACCAACCAAUUAUUAGAGCUAGGUUGCUGUUAGAGAGAGAAAAUGAUUCACGGCUAGAGAGUUGCCCAAGUGAUGGGUUGCGGACGUGCUUGAGCGAAGUUCAGCCAAUUAUGGGUUGUGGCAUGGGCCGUGCAGCUGGAUGUGGAGCGGCCUAA